AAAACGCACCAAUCAGCUUUAGGAGGCGGGCCUUAAUAAAAACAGCCAAAUCACUCCAUUUGCUAAAGAUCCACCGCGGAAUGAGUUAUCAAUACGGACAGGGUUAUCCGGGACCAGGUGGUAACGCUCCCCAACACCACCUGCCUCCAGGGGCACCAUACGGAGGUGGUCCCGUUGGUGGACAGUAUGGUUCACCUUAUGGCGGUGCCCCUCCAGGGCAACAGUAUGGUGGAGGGGCUCCAUACGGGUCUUAUGGUCAGCCUGGUCCAAGAGCACCGUACGGUGGGGGCCAAGCUCCAGGAGGUCCUUACGGAGGCUAUGGACAACCCCAGGGAGGACCAUAUAGUCAGCAGGCACCUGCAGGUAACAUUCCUCCUGGUGUGAACCCUGAGGCGUACCAGUGGUUUUGUUCUGUGGAUACAGAUCGUAGUGGCUACAUUAACGCAAAAGAACUGAAGCAAGCACUCAUGAAUUCCAACAACUCCUCUUUCAAUGACGAAACCUGCAUGAUGAUGCUCAAUAUGUUUGACAAGACCAAAACCGGACGUGUAGAUGUAUUUGGUUUCUCUGCACUGUGGACGUUUCUGCAGCAGUGGAGGGCAUUAUUCCAACAGUUCGACCGCGACCGAUCCGGAUCAAUUAACAGCACUGAGAUGCACCAGGCAUUAUCUCAGAUGGGCUACAAUCUGAGUCCUCAGUUCAUUCAGGAACUGGUGAAUCGUUACUCUGCGCGUGGUGUGAAUGGGGUUCUCCAGCUGGACCGCUUCAUCCAGGUGUGCACACAGCUUCAAAUCAUGACCCAAGCAUUCCGCGAGAAAGACACAGCCAUGACAGGCAAUGUGAAGAUGAGUUACGAAGACUUCCUUUCUGGUGCCGUUACCAGACUGGUGUAAAGGACUGCAUCAGCACUUCAGAAGAUGAUCUGACUCUGUGUACAGCAUGCCACCUCACCCUCUCAACAGUGCCUUUCACUGCAGCAUACCCUGAUUUUACAUAUAUCCAAAAACUAUGUUCAUUAAGUAUUGCCAGCUAGCCAAUUAAAGCACUCUCCACAAGAGACUACCAUUGUGAUAUGGUUGUCUGUAAUGCAGCCAGUUAUUCAAGACUAAACUAAUGCCAAAAAAUAUUAGUGGUACAUGUAAAUAAAAUAACAUUAGAUAUGCAACAAGCACUAUUUACUAACUAAUGGGAGUAUGUCAUAGAAUUUGAUUUUCUUUGUCAGAAUGAAUAUUUAUGUACUUUCUGAUAAUGAAUGCUUGAAAAUAAAAUGUUUGUUUUCCCUCCCAAAAAAAUUGCUUUUUUUUUUUUUUUUUUUUUAUGCUCUCCUAACACCCUUUUAUAGCCUUUUCUUAUAUAUUGAUAUUUGUUUUCUGCUGCUUUUUUUGCUUGCAAUUAAACAAUGUCAAGUAAUUCAAAAAAAUUCUUAUUUUUUUGUCAUAUUACCUUUUUUAUUUUAAAAUAAAUGUUUUCAUUUUAAAAAA